AUGAGGAAGUGGCAGCGGGAGAAAGCAUUUUGGGAGAUGAAUGUCUGUAGGUUACGCUUAACAGUACCACCUGAUGAAGGCUCACAGCCUGAACAGGGAGCAAAGGAACCUGAAAGAAAGAAAAACGAGCUCUACCAUGUACCAAAUGGCAUGUCUCCAGGGAAGCUCUCUCAUGGGAUGGUGUAUGGCGUUGUGCACCGAACUGACAACAACCAUAAGAGAGAAAUGGUGGUUUAUGGCUGGUCAGCUGAUCAGCUGAAAGAAGAGAUGAAUUACAUUAAAGAAGUGAGAGCAACACUGGAAAAAGUAAGAAAGAAAAUGUAUGGUGAAUAUGAUGAAAUGAAACGAAAAAUACAGCAGCUUACGAAUGAACUGAAAGUGACAAAUGCUCAUCAGGAAUCCUUAGAGAAUCAUGUGCGAGUGCAGGCUGCAGCCUUAGAUAGCUUUAGUGAAAUGAACAGCUCCUUGACAUCAGCAUCAAUAGACUUGCAGAAAACUCUAGUGGAUGUUACAUUGGAGAACACUGAUAUAAGGGAACAAAUACGGAAUUUAAAACAUACACAUGAGCAAUCUAUGGAAAAGCUGAGAGAGAAGCAAAAGCAACUGGAAACGGCACAAAUUGAAAAUCAGUUACUGAAAUUAAAGGUGGAAUCGUCGCAGGAAGCCAAUGCUGAAGUCAUGAGAGAGAUGACAAGAAAACUGUAUAGUCAGUAUGAGGAAAAAAUGCGGGAAGAAGAGCAGAAACAUAAAGCUGAGAAAGAAAUCCUCCUAGAAGAAACGAAUCGGCUUCUGAAGGCUAUUGAAGAGGCAAAUAAGAAGAUGCAGAUUACAGAAACAAGCAUACAGGAAAAAGACCAGAGAAUUGGUGAGCUGGACCGGCUGAUUGAACGCAUGGAGGAGGAACGUCACCAGCUGCAAAAACAACUCGAAUUAAAUGAAAUACAAAUAUCUGGAGCAAAAUCUGAAAACAACUCUGACAGUGAAAGGUCACAGCAUUUGGAGGAGGUAGCAGCUAGCCUAAGAGAACGAAUCAAACAUCUGGAUGAUAUGGUCCACUGCCAACAGAAGAAAGUCAAGCACAUGGUUGAGGAGAUUGAAAUGCUAAGGAAGAAAGUAAAAGAAAAGGAAUUAUUUAUAAUACAGCUUUUAGAAAAAAUCUCCUUCUUAGAAUGUGAGAAUAAAGAAUUACAAGAUAAAUUGGACUACUUAAUGGAAAACCAACCAAAGACCAAUAUAGAAACCAGAGAUACUGGUGUAGGAUGUGAUCUUGCAUACAGUACUGAGAACAGAAGAUCUCCUGAAAGUGCAAGGCCAGUGAGGACAUACACCCCAUUCAAGAGAGUGUUGGAAUUUAGCACAAAGAACAGUACAUCUUGA